GGGAGAAGUAAUUUUAAAAAUAUAAAUAAGUUUAUUUUGUAAUAAGAUGUAUAGUUGUGUUUUAGUCUAUUCCCACUGAAACAUGAAACUGAUUAUUCUCACUUUGGCCUUUGUUGCCGUUUCUUGUGCUCCACAACAACCAACAGAACCAAUUCCAAUUUUAAAAUACGACAAUGAAGGUGUAAAUGCUGAUGGAUCUUACCAAUGGAGUUUCGAAACAGGUAACAGUAUUACUGCUGAAGAACAAGGAGAAUUAAAAAAUGCUGGAAAUCCUGAAACAGAAGCAGAAGAAGUACAUGGUUCUUAUCAGUAUAUUGCUGAUGAUGGAACCCAAAUCCAUGUUUCAUACAUUGCUAAUGAAAAUGGAUUCCAACCUCAGGGUGAUCAUUUGCCAACUCCACCACCAAUUCCACCUGCAAUUCAAAGAGCAUUGGAAUGGAUUGCUGCUCAUCCUCAGCCAGAAGAAAAUCCUAAAUAGAUCUCUAUAAGAAAUGCAAGACAGAAAUAUUGUUUUUGUAUAUAAUUUGUAAAUAAAAUUUACAUAAUUUAUA